UAGGCCCUACUGUCUGUUGUUCCUCUCCACGUAUCAAUUUGUUUUCAUCAUUUAGCUCCCACUUAUAAGUUAGAACAUGUGGUAUUGGUUUUCUGUUCCUGCAUUAGUUUUCUGAGGAUAAUGGCCUCCAGCUUCAUUCAUAUUCCUGCAAAAGACAUGAUCCUGUUUCUUUUAAUAGCUGCAUAGUAUUCCAUGGUGUAUAUGUACAUUUUCUGUAUCCAGUCUAUCAUUGACGGGCAGUUAGGUUGAUUCCAUGUCUUUGCUAUUUUAAAUAGUGCUGCAGUGAACACAUAUGUGCAUGUGUCUUUAUAACAGAACGAUUUAUAUUCCUUUGGGUAUAUACCCAGUAAAGGGAUUGCUUGUCAAAUGGUAUUUCUGUUUUUAGAUUUUGAGGAAUCACCACACUGCCAUACUGUCUUCCAUAAUGGUUGAACUAAUUUACACUCCCACCAACAGUGUAUAAGCAUUCCUUUUUCUCCACAACCUUACCAGCAUCUGUUAUUUUCUUACUUUUUAAUAAUGGCCAUUCUGACUGGCAUAAGAUGGUAUCUCAUUGUGAUUUUGAUUUGCAUUUCUCUAAUGAUCAGUGAUGUUGAGCUUUUUUCAUCUUUGUUGGCCACAUGUAUGUCUUCUUUUGAGAAGUAUCUGUUCAUGUCUUUCGCCAACUUUUCAAUAGGUUUUUUUCUUGUAAAGUUUCUAAUAGAUGUUGGCUUUUAGACCUUUGUCAGAUGCAUAGUUUGCAAAAAUUUUCUCCCAUUCUGGAGGUUGUCUGUUUACUCUGUUGAUAGUUUAUUUUGCUGUGAGAAGAUCUUUAAUUAGAUCCCACUUGUCAAUUUUUGCUUUUGCUGCAAUUGCUUCAUCAUGAAAUCUUUGCCCAUGCCUAUAUCCUGAACAGUAUUGCCUAGAUUGUCUUCCAGGAUUUCUAUAGUUUUGGGUUUUACAUUUAAGUCUUUAAUCCAUCUUGAGUUAGUUUUCCUAUAUAGUGUAAGAAAGGGGUCCAGUUUCAGUUUUCUGCAUAUGGCUAGCCAGUUAUCCCAGCACUAUUUACUGAAUAGGGAAUCCUUUUCCCAUUGCUUGUUUUCAUCAGGUUUGUUGAAGAUCAGAUAGUUGUAGGUAUACGGUCUUAUUUCUGGGUUGUCUAUUCUGUUCCAUUGGUCAAUGUGUCUGCUCUUGUACCAGUGCCAUGCUGUUUUGGUUACUGUAGCUCUGCAAUAUAGCUUGAAGUCAGGUAGCAUGAUGCCUCCAGCUUUGUUCUUUUUGCUUAGGACUGCCUUGGCUAUUUGGGCUCUUUUUUUAGCUCCACAUGAAUUUUAUUUUUAUUUUUAUUUAUUUAUUUGAGACAGAGUCUUGCUCUGUCACCCAGGAUGGAGUGCAGUGGCGCGAUCUCGGCUCACUGCAAGCCCUGCCUCCUGGGUUCACGCCAUUCUCCUGCCUCAGCCUCCCGAGUAGCUGGGACUACAGGCGCCCACCACCACACCCAGCUAAUUUUGUUUUUGUAUUUUUAGUAGAGAUGGGGUUUCACCGUGUUAGCCAGGAUGGUCUCAAUCUCCUGACCUCAUGAUCCGCCCGCCUUGGCCUCCCAAAGUGCUGGGAUUACAGGGAUGAGCCAUCACGGCCAGCCAGUUCCACAUGAAUUUUAAAAUAGCUUUUUCUAAUUCUGCAAAUAAUGUAAGUGGUAGUUUGAUAGGAAUCGUAUUGAAUCUAUAAACUGCUUUGGGCAGUGUGGCCAUUUCAAUGAUAGAUUCUUCCUAUCCGUGUGCAUGGAAUAUUUUUUCAUUUGUUUGUAUCAUCUGAUUUAUUUAUUUGUAGAGAUCUUUCCCUUCCCUUGUUAGCUGUAUUCCUUGGUACUUUAUUCUUUUUGUGGCAAUUGUGGAUGAAUUCACUUGUGACUUGGCUCUCAGCUUGACUGUUGUCAAUGUAUAGGAAUGCUAUGCAUUCUGCACAAAUUUCUGCACAUUGAUUUUGUAUCAUGAGACUGCUGAAGUUGCUUAUCAGCUUAAGAAGCUUUUGGGCUGAGACAAUGGGGUUUUCUAGAUAUAGGAUCAUGGCAUCUGCAAACAGGGAGCCUGGCUUCCUCUCUUCCUAUUUGAAUGCCCUUUAUUUCUCUUUCCUGAUUGCUGUGGCCAGAACCUGCAAUACUACGUUGAAUAGGAAUGCUGAAAGGCCAUCCUUGUCUCGUGCCAGUUUUUUUUUUUUUUUUUUUUUUUGAGACGCAGUCUCACUCUGUCACCCAGGCUGGAGUGCAGCAGUGCAGUCUCGGCUCACUACAACCUCCACCUCCCAGGUUCAAGAUUCUCCUGCCUCAGCCUCCCAAGUAGCUAGGACUACAGCAAUGCACCACCACAACCAGCUUAUUUUUGUAUUUUUAGUAGAGAUGGGGUUUCACCAUGUUGGCCAGGAUGGUCUCAAACUCCUGGCCUCAAGUGAUCUGCCCGCCUUGGCCUCCCAAAGUGCUGGGAUUACAGGCGUGAGCCACCACACUCGACCUUGUGCCAGUUUUCAAGGAGAAUGCUUCUUUAAUAGCAUGUGCUGCCAUAAAAUGUUGGUGGCUCUUAGGAGAUCUUUUCUUCAAAUGUUGUCUGAGGUAAAUUUUUCUACUCCAGUAGGAAACUUGCCCGUUUUAUACCAUUGCACAAUGUCCAGAUUUACAGACAUUUUCUCUAGUCAUCUCAUUAAGAGAGAGAUUUUUUCAAGUUGGAAAACUCUUCCUCCCAAUAGAUGUGUACACUGUUACAAGUAACCGUAAACCCCAGUGUUAACUGGACCACUUAAAGGGAAUUUACUGACUCACUGAUAACUGAUCAGAGCUCCAGCUUCAUUCCUCCGGGGCUGCCUGGGCUCUGCUUUUUUCCUUUUAACAAUUUUGUCCUCAGGCUGCUUUCUACCAUAGCGGCAGAUGUCUGCCAACAGCAAUCAGGGCUGUAUGUUUCUUCAAUCACAUCCAAAGAAAGAGAAAAUAUUAUCACUAAACCAAAAUACUAAACAGAAGUCUCAAACCUUCUGAUUGUACAUCUUAGGUCACACACCACCCCGAACCAAUCCUACAAACACCAUGGGUGAUACACACUGUCAAAGACAAAGAGUAGAUGUCCACAAUAGUUGUUCUUUCUCGUUUAUAACACUUCUUUUACCUAGUAACAAUUAGCUACCAUUUACUCGAUACAUAUUGUGUGCUGCCUCUUCAUCCUUUUGGCCAUUUAAACUACAGGAAACUGGGUUAUCUUCAGGUUACCUUAGUUAUGGGAGUGUAUGGAAAACAUUAAUGGGAAGGUGAAAGUGCAGCAAACCACUUCAGCAGUUAACAGAAAGGCUCUCAAGAGCACUGGACCGCCAAUCAGGACACAGCAGCAGCUCCGGGAUUCGACCACAGAUUCUCUGGCGUGCCCUCGGGGAAAGGGUGGCCUCGGGCCCCCUACUCUACAGAGUCUCCUCCCACGGCUGCCCAGCUCCCUGGCCGACUAUCUUGCCUCCACCACAUCACCAUCAGCACCGGGCGGCAGCAGGGCAGAGCUGUCCAGGGACCUCCUCACAGCCUCCAGAGUCAAGAAAUGCCUCCUCAGGGAAGCCCUCCACUGCAUCCCUGACCUGUGAGUCACGGAGCUCCCGGGCACCAUGCAGGCCACAAAUGCCUAAGGAGCCUCCCGGAAGCAGCUGUAGGUCCCGCAGGCUAGCAGACACCUUUGAGGGACUGAGGGACCUGUCCUCCAAUCCAAUGCUCUCCUUACUCUCACAAGAUUUUACAAACGUGGAAACUGAGGCCCAAAGCCCCAAGGGAUAAUCGGCCCGCGUUCCAAUGCCAAUAACCAGCAGUGGCGGGACCCACACCUACUCCGUGACCCGCAGGCCCAGGGGUCGAGCACCAGGUAGAACGUCUACACGGACUCCACCCUUAGCGCCGCGCGGGGAACCUUCUCCCUGACGCAGACACGGAAGCGGAAGUGCUGCCGAGCUGUAGCUGUGGAGACGGGGGGGGGCGGGCCGCCCGGAGAGCGCGACCUUUGACCUGCAGUCGAGCCUACGUCAGAGGCUGGCGCAAACAGAAGUGCAGCGGUGGCGGCGGCUGGUUGCGGGCCGGCGGCGGGCUGGCGGAGAUGGACGUAACUCAGGAUCCUGUUCAAGAUGGGGUAGCUUCACCAGCUACCCCUGGGACCGGGAAAUCUAAGCUGGAAACAUUGCCCAAAGAAGACCUCAUCAAGUUUGCCAAGAAACAGAUGAUGCUAAUACAGAAAGCUAAAUCAAGGUGUACAGAAUUGGAGAAAGAAAUUGAAGAACUCAAAUCAAAACCUGUUACUGAAGGAACUGAUGAUAUUAUUAAGGCAUUAACUGAACGUCUGGAUGCUAUUCUUCUGGAAAAAGCAGAGACUGAGCAACAGUGUCUUUCUCUGAAAAAGGAAAAUAUAAAAAUGAAGCGAGAGGUUGAGGAUUCUGUAACUAAGGUGGGAGAUGCACAUAAGGAGUUCGAACAAUCACAUAUAAACUAUGUGAAAGAAAUUGAAAAUUUGAAAAAUGAGUUGAUGGCAGUACAUUCCAAAUACAGUGAAGACAAAGCUAACUUACAAAAGGCACUGGAAGAAGCAAUGAAUACGCAAUUAGAACUUUCAGAGCAACUUAAAUUUCAGAACAACUCUGAAGAUAAUGUUAAAAAACUACAAGAAGAGAUUGAGAAAAUUAGGCCAGCCUUUGAGGAGCAAAUUUUAUAUCUGCAAAAGCAAUUAGACGCUACCACUGAUGAAAAGAAGGAAACAGUUACUCAACUCCAAAAUAUCAUUGAGGCUAAUUCUCAGCAUUACCAAAAAAAUAUUAAUAGUUUGCAGGAAGAGCUUUUACAGUUGAAAGCUAUACACCAAAAAGAGGUGAAAGAAUUGAUGUGCCAGAUUGAAGCAUCAGCUAAGGAACAUGAAGCAGAGAUAAAUAAGUUGAACGAGCUAAAAGAGAACUUAGUAAAACAAUGUGAGGCAAGUGAAAAGAACAUCCAGGAGAAAUAUGAAUGUGAGUUAGAAAAUUUAAGGAAAGCCACCUCAAAUGCAAACCAAGACAAUCAGAUGUGUUCUGUUCUCUUACAAGAAAAUACAUUUGUAGAACAAGCAGUAAAUGAAAAAGUCAAACACUUAGAAGAUACCUUAAAAGAACUUGAAUCUCAACAUAGUAUCUUAAAAGAUGAGGUAACUUAUAUGAAUAAUCUUAAGUUAAAACUUGAAAUGGAUGCUCAGCAUAUAAAGGAUGAGUUUUUUCAUGAACGGGAAGACUUAGAGUUUAAAAUUAAUGAAUUAUUACUAGCUAAAGAAGAACAGGGCUGUGUAAUUGAAAAAUUAAAAUCUGAGCUGGCAGGUUUAAAUAAACAGUUUUGCUGUACUGUAGAACAGAAUAACAAAGAAGUACAGAGUCUUAAGGAACAACAUCAAAAAGAAAUAUCAGAACUAAAUGAGACAUUUUUGUCAGAUUCAGAAAAAGAAAAAUUAACAUUAAUGUUUGAAAUACAGGGUCUUAAGGAACAGUGUGAAAACCUACAGCAAGAAAAGCAAGAAGCAAUUUUAAAUUAUGAGAGUUUACGAGAGAUUAUGGAAAUUUUACAAACAGAACUGGGGGAAUCUGCUGGAAAAAUAAGUCAAGAGUUUGAAUCAAUGAAGCAACAACAAGCAUCUGAUGUUCAUGAACUGCAGCAGAAGCUCAGAACUGCUUUUACUGAAAAAGAUGCCCUUCUCGAAACUGUGAAUCGCCUCCAGGGAGAAAAUGAAAAGUUACUAUCUCAACAAGAAUUGGUACCAGAACUUGAAAAUACCAUAAAGAACCUUCAAGAAAAGAAUGGAGUAUACUUACUUAGUCUCAGUCAAAGAGAUACCAUGUUAAAAGAAUUAGAAGCAAAGAUAAAUUCUCUUACUGAGGAAAAAGAUGAUUUUAUAAGUAAACUGAAAAAUUCCCAUGAAGAAAUGGAUAAUUUCCAUAAGAAAUGUGAAAGGGAAGAAAGAUUGAUUCUUGAACUUGGGAAGAAAGUAGAGCAAACAACCCAGUACAACAGUGAACUAGAACAAAAGGUAAAUGAAUUAACAGGAGGACUAGAGGAGACUUUAAAAGAAAAGGAUCAAAAUGACCAAAAACUGGAAAAACUUAUGGUUCAAAUGAAAGUUCUCUCUGAAGACAAAGAAGUAUUGUCAGCUGAAGUGAAGUCUCUUUAUGAGGAAAACAAUAAACUCAGUUCAGAAAAAAAACAGUUGAGUAGGGAUUUGGAAGUUUUUUUGUCUCAAAAAGAUGUUAUCCUUAAAGAACAUACUACUGAAUUAGAAAAGAAACUUCAGUUAAUGGUUGAAGAGCGAGAUAAUUUAAAUAAACUGCUUGAAAAUGAGCAAGUUCAGAAGUUAUUUGUCAAAACUCAGUUGUAUGGUUUUCUUAAAGAAAUGGGGUCAGAAGUUUCAGAAGACAGUAAAGAGAAAGAUGUUGUUAAUGUCCUACAGGCAGUUGGUGAAUCCUUGGCAAAAAUAAAUGAGGAAAAAUGCAACCUGGCUUUUCAACGUGAUGAAAAACUAUUAGAGUUAGAAAAAGAGAUUAAGUGCCUUCAAGAAGGGAGUGUAGUUCAGUGUGAAGAACUUAAGUCUUUAUUGAGAGACUAUGAGCAAGAGAAAGUUCUCUUAAGGAAAGAGUUAGAAGAAAUACAGUCAGAAAAAGAGGCCCUGCAGUCUGAUCUUCUAGAAAUGAAGAAUGCUAAUGAAAAAACAAGGCUUGAAAAUCAGAAUCUUUUAAUUCAAGUUGAAGAAGUAUCUCAAACAUGUAGCAAAAGUGAAAUCCAUAAUGAAAAAGAAAAAUGUUUUAUAAAGGAACAUGAAAACCUAAAGCCACUACUAGAACAAAAAGAAUCAGAAUUACGAGAUAUGAGAGCAGAGUUGAUACUAUUAAAGGAUUCCUUAGCAAAAUCACCUUCUGUAAAAAAUGAUCCUCUGUCUUCAGUAAAAGAGUUGGAAGAAAAAAUAGAAAAUCUGGAAAAAGAAUGCAAAGAAAAGGAGGAGAAAACAAAUAAGAUAAAAUUAGUUGCCGUAAAGGCAAAGAAAGAACUAGAUUCCAGCAGAAAAGAGACCCAGACUGUAAAGGAAGAACUUGAAUCUCUUCGAUUAGAAAAGGACCAGUUAUCUGCUUCCAUGAGAGAUCUCAUUCAAGGAGCAGAAAGCUAUAAGAAUCUUUUAUUAGAAUAUGAAAAGCAGUCAGAGCAACUGGAUGUGGAAAAAGAACGUGCUGAUAAUUUUGAGUGUCAUAUUGAAGACCUUACAAGACAAUUAAGAAAUUCGACUUUGCAGUGUGAAAAAAUAAAUUCUGAUAAUGAAGAUCUCCUGGCUCGUAUUGAGACACUACAGUCUAAUGCCAAAUUAUUAGAAGUACAGAUUUUAGAAGUCCAGAGAGCCAAAGCAAUGGUAGACAAAGAAUUAGAAGCUGAAAAACUUCAGAAAGAACAGAAGAUAAAGGAACAUGCCACUACUGUAAAUGAACUUGAAGAACUUCAGGUACAACUUCAAAAGGAAAAGAAACAGCUUCAGAAAACCAUGCAAGAAUUAGAGCUGGUUAAAAAGGAUGCCCAACAGACCACAUUGAUGAAUAUGGAAAUAGCUGAUUAUGAACGUUUGAUGAAAGAGCUAAAUCAAAAGUUAACUAAUAAAAACAACAAGAUAGAAGAUUUGGAGCAAGAAAUAAAAAUUCAAAAACAGAAACAAGAAACCCUACAAGAAGAAAUAACUUCAUUACAGUCUUCAGUACAACAAUAUGAAGAAAAAAACACCAAAAUCAAGCAAUUGCUUGUGAAAACCAAAAAGGAACUGGCAGAUUCAAAGCAAGCAGAAACUGAUCACUUAAUACUUCAAGCAUCUUUAAAAGGUGAGCUGGAGGCAAGCCAGCAGCAAGUAGAAGUCUAUAAAAUACAGCUGGCUGAAAUAACCUCAGAGAAGCACAAAAUCCACGAGCACCUGAAAACCUCUGCGGAACAGCACCAGCGUACGCUAAGUGCGUACCAGCAGAGAGUGACAGCACUACAGGAAGAGAGCCGUGCUGCCAAGGCAGAACAAGCUACUCUAACCUCUGAAUUCGAGAGCUACAAAGUCCGAGUUCAUAACGUUCUAAAACAACAGAAAAAUAAAUCUGUGUCUCAGGCUGAAACUGAGGGCGCUAAACAAGAAAGGGAACAUCUGGAAAUGCUGAUUGACCAGUUAAAAAUGAAAUUACAAGAUAGCCAAAAUAACUUACAGAUUAAUGUAUCUGAACUUCAAACAUUGCAGUCUGAACAUGAUACACUGCUAGAAAGGCACAACAAGAUGCUGCAGGAAACUGUGUCCAAAGAGGCGGAACUCCGGGAAAAAUUAUGUUCAAUACAAUCAGAGAACAUGAUGAUGAAAUCUGAACAUACACAGACUGUGAGUCAGCUCACAUCCCAGAACGAGGUCCUUCAAAAUAGCUUCCGAGAUCAAGUGCGACAUUUGCAGGAAGAGCACAGAAAGACAGUGGAGACAUUACAGCAGCAGCUCUCCAAGAUGGAAGCACAGCUCUUCCAGCUUAAGAAUGAACCGACCACAAGAAGCCCAGUUUCCUCUCAACAAUCUUUGAAGAACCUUCGAGAAAGGAGAAACACAGACCUCCCGCUUCUAGACAUGCACACUGUAACCCGGGAAGAGGGAGAAGGCAUGGAAACAACUGAUACUGAGUCUGUGUCUUCCACCAGCACAUACACACAGUCUUUAGAGCAGCUGCUUAAUUCUCCCGAAACUAAACUUGAGCCUCCAUUAUGGCAUGCUGAAUUUACCAAAGAAGAGUUGGUUCAGAAGCUCAGUUCCACCACAAAAAGUGCAGAUCACUUAAACGGCCUGCUUCGGGAAACAGAAGCAACCAAUGCAAUCCUUAUGGAGCAAAUUAAGCUUCUCAAAAGUGAAAUAAGAAGAUUGGAAAGGAAUCAAGAGCGAGAGAAGUCUGCAGCUAACCUGGAAUACUUGAAGAACGUCUUGCUGCAGUUCAUUUUCUUGAAACCAGGUAGUGAAAGAGAGAGACUUCUUCCUGUUAUAAAUACAAUGUUGCAGCUCAGCCCUGAAGAAAAGGGAAAACUUGCUGGGAUUGCUCAAGGUGAGGAAGAAAAUGCUUCCCGUUCUUCUGGAUGGGCAUCCUAUCUUCAUAGUUGGUCUGGACUUCGAUAGGUUGAUGGAAGGAAUAUUUUUAUUAACCAAAUAGAAUCUAUUUACAAAAAUGGUUCAUGUAUAUUACCAUCAUUCUUUUGUCAAAAGGUGUGUAUAUAUGUUUGCAUCUACAUAUAUUUGUACAUCUAUAUGACAGAUGUAUUUUAAAAGUUUCAACUUGAAGUAAAAGUACAACAGCUUGAAGUGUUGAUACCAGGCCACAGCCCUCUGACUCAUGUGAUCUGCCGUGCAUGCUGCCAGAAUAAAACCACCAGGAAUGAAUUCACUCCCCACUUCUCUGGAACCUCAGGACCCGCCCAUUUCUCGGCAGUACUGUGAAUUUUGAAGUUAAACUAAAUUUUGGUACCAUACCAACUGGAAUUUAGGCUUUAAUGUUUCAAGGCCAGGUGUGGUGAUUCAUGCCUGAAAUCCCACUACUUUGGGAGGCUGAGGCUGGAGAAUCGCUUGAGGCUAGUGAGCUGUGAUUGUACCACUGCACUCCAGCUCGGGGAACAGAGCGAGACCUUGUCUCUAAAAAUAAUAAUAGUAAUAAAAUAAAAAUAACGUUUUAUGACUAUUUAUUGCAAGGUCAGAUUUACAGAUUGUUAUAAAUUGUUGAGAAAUUUUUGUGAUUAGAAUAUGAAUGAAAAAGCUUUAUUGGUAAAAGUGACAUGUUAAGGGGCUAUGAAGUAAAUAUGCUGCAGUUAAUUAUGCUAAGUUAAACUACAAUUUAGUUAUUUGCUUUAAAAUAAACUUCUUUUUUUUUUUAUACUAUCUUAAAACUCAUUAUGUUGUCAGAGCCCUAGAGCUGGCUAGUGUAACACUGACUGAAUAGGUGGGCCCACCACUUGAGUCGAGGUGAUUUCGUGGUGCCUCUCCAGGCUCUUGGUAUGGUGUCACUGCAUGCAAGCCAUGAAUCUGUUUUCAGAAUCCUCUCCAUUUUCCCAAAUAAAAACCUAUCACAACUGACUAUAUCACUCAGCAUUGUAUCUAAAUAUAAAACUGGUGCUUUCAGUGUUUUUGGCAGGUAGUGUUCCAUAAGCUUUCCAUCAGAAGGGAUUUUAGAAAGACAUCUUAGAGGUCCGUGCUACAUCUUCACAGUUCCUCUGAAUAACCUUAGGUGGUAGUGUUACUUGCCUUUGACACCUCUGCAUAUGUUUUAAUGACUAGAUCAAAACUAAAUCAAAAAUUGGAUAAUUUUAGUUCUUAAAUCAGAAAUUGGAUAAUUUUUAAUAUUUAUGUGUUAAUCACACAGUAUGCUCUCUUAAGUUCUCUUAAGCCUUCAGUUUGUACUCUUAAUUUUCUUUCUGAGCUGGAGAACUGACUUUGCACUUUGGUUACACAGAACAUUGGUUUCCAAUUUAGUUUAACUGAAAUUUGCUGCUGGAUAUGUUGAGUUUGUUCUUUAAAAAAUAUCUCAUAUAUCUUGUCUUUCCUCCUGUCUUAGAAGAACAGACCUAACUAGUGAAUGUAUUAAUGAAAAUGCAUCUAUUUCAGAGCUGACAUGAAGAGUUUAGUUUUUUUACUUUAUAAACUGUGAAUAUGAGUAUGCCAGCUGCAUACAAUGUAACUAAUCAUAUUUAAAUAUAUUUCACUUUCUCUUUGACUUUAGACCUUUUGAAGUCUGUAUAAACUUGUUUUGAAAUAUAGUCUCUACUUAAUGAAUGUCAUAACAAUACUUUUUUGCAUGAUAAAAAAUUAUUACUUUGAUUACAAAAGGCAUAUUCUUUCAUGGUUUCCGCAAUGAGAGGAAGUGUAAUGAUUAUUUUAAUAUUUCUAUUAAAUAUGUUUAACUGUA